GAAAAUCCUUGUACAAUGGCAGACAAAGUUUACAAAAAGACCAGUGGAAGCGGCCAGCUCACUCUCUACCUGGGGAAGAGAGACUUUGUUGACCAUGUUGACUCAGUUGACCAUGUUGAGGGUGUAGUGAAAAUCGACCCUGCAGACCUUGAAGACAGAAAAGUUUGGAUUCAGCUGGCCUGCGCUUUCCGUUAUGGUCGUGAAGACCUGGAUGUGAUUGGGCUUUCCUUCAGAAAAGACAUCUGGAUUCAGCACAUACAGCUAUAUCCUGAUGCAGGCCACAAACCCACCCUGACAGAGAUGCACGACACUCUCCUAAAGAAAGCUGGAGAGCAGGGCCAUCCCUUCACUUUUAAUAUCCCCGCCAACCUCCCCUGCUCUGUUACGCUUCAGCCUGGCCCAGAUGACAAAGGAAAGGCUUGCGGUGUUGACUUUGAGGUCAAGGCCUACGUGGCCAAAUCAGCUGAUGACCCCGAUGAGAAAAUCGACAAGAAGGACACUUGCCGCCUUAUCAUUCGUAAAAUCCAGUUCGCUCCUGAUAACACAGGAUCUGGACAGAAAGCUGAGAUCUGCAAGAGCUUUAUGAUGUCUGAUAAGCCUGUUCUUCUGGAAGCCUCUCUGGACAAGGAGAUCUACUACCACGGUGAUCCCAUCCCCAUCAACAUUAAGGUCAAGAACGAGACAAACAAAGUUGUGAAGAAAAUAAAGGUUACAGUUGACCAAACCACAGACGUGGUUCUCUACUCAGCCGACAAAUACACCAAGAAUGUGCUGAGUGAAGAGUUUGGGGAAACUAUAGAAGGGAGUGCAAAUUUUGAAAAAUCCCUCGCGAUCACUCCUUUGCUGUCAUCCAACAAGGAGAAGCGUGGCCUGGCACUGGACGGCAGGCUUAAAGAUGAAGACACCAAUUUGGCCUCAACCACUAUAAUAAGGGCAGGAAUGGAUAAGGAAAUUUUGGGAAUUUUGGUGUCCUACAAGAUCAAAGUUAACCUCAUGGUAUCAGGUGGAGGUCUGCUGGGAGGACUGACAGCAAGUGAUGUGACAGUAGAGCUGCCUCUGACCCUGAUGCACCCCAAACCCAAAGACUGAAUGCCCGUGUAAGAUUCCACAGGACAGACGUUACCCUCAAGUACAUUCCCUCACAGCAAGACAGCACAGGAAAAAGUCAC